AUGUCGUCUCAAGUUUCGUGGUUUCACCGGUACCUUCCGCUUGGUCGAUGCAAGUUGACCGAACGCAGACUUUCUGGCCGUGGGACGUCGUGGUUGCUGCUCGCGCUCAUCCUGAUCAGCACACCGGGUAGACUACAGUCAACGGCAGCCGACGAUCGGGGACUUCACAAACGAGAAGCCGACUACACGUUAGAUGAUUCGUUCUGGAAUGAAGAAAGCCCAGUAGGUGAGGUGGAGCGUCUGCUGAAGGAGCACCAGCAAAACCAGGAGCUGGUGGAUAAGAUCGGUAGCAGUUACUACCAGAUCAUCUAUCCCGUACAGUUGCGCCAUCAUGAGAAGAUGGGCAUUUCCACGCGUGAAGUUAACCAGCCAAAGGUACGCUAUCGCUUCCGCGAACCGGCGGAUACGAACCGGACACGUACACGUAAAUCUUAUUAUUAUGAAGCUAAUUAUGCUGUGUAUGGUGGUGGUGAUGAUGAGACGGGUGGAACGUUUCCACAGCGUGGCUACGACGGUAGCUACUCGGGAAGCGGUGGCGGCCGUGGUCGCUCGAGGACUGGGAAGCAUUUUCAUCGAACAUCACUUUUGAUAAAAGCUUUUAACCAUAAAUUUCGAUUAGAUUUGGAAUUAAAUACACAAUUACUAGCUCCCAACAUUGUACAGAAGCACUACCUACCUAGCGGGUUCGCUCAGGAUUCACAUCGAGAAAUUGAACACUGCUACUACCACGGCACGGUUAAAGACUAUCCGGGAGCUAGUGCAGCCUUCCACACCUGCAACGGUGUCAGCGGUGUGAUACACGUCGGUAAUGAAACGUUUGUUAUUCAUCCAUUUUACGGAGGUGAUUUAUCGCAGAAACAUCCACAUGUUAUAUUUGAAGCACGUACAAAAUCAAAUAAAGGCUGUGCGAAUUCCGGCAACCUCGAGUGGAGGACGCGCUCGAUACGCCGCGGCAGCAGCCAUCAUGCCGGGCUGGUGGAGCUGAUCGAUCGCAACGGUGCUGGCCGGUACAGGCGGGAUGUGCGCGAAACCACCAAGUACAUCGAAACGGCCCUCAUUAUCGACAAAGCGAUGUUCCAGAAGCGCAACGGCAGCACCCGCACGGAGGUGGUCCACGACGCCAUACAGGUGGCCAACAUUGCCGAUCUGUACUUUCGAACGCUGAACACACGCGUGUCCGUUGUAUAUAUCGAAACAUGGCAGGGCCAGAAUCAGGCCCAGAUCGACGGAGGCAAAGAUAUUAGCAAAGCAAUAUCCAAUUUUAACGACUAUACAUCUAGGAAUUUGUAUAAAAUAGAUAAAGAUACGACCCAACUGCUGACCGGCGAAACAUUUGCUGGCGGUGAGGUUGGCAUGUCCGUACCGGAAACCGUGUGUACGCCGAAAGCUGUUGGCAUUAGCGUAGACAUGAAUCCUUAUGAGCCGCAUCUGCUCGCCGGAACGAUGGCACACAUGAUAGGACAUAACAUUGGCAUGGGUCACGACGAUAAUCGUGACGAGUGCAUCUGUCGGGACUGGCACGGUUGCAUUAUGUCGCAAUCGAUUGUCGGUCUGGAGAACGUCCAGCCGUACAAGUUCUCCGAAUGUAGCCGGCUGGAUUACAUCGAUGCCCUGCGCAUUGGACAUGGUCUCUGUUUGCUGAACAAACCGAACGAGGUGGAGCUCCGCAAGAACUGUGGCAACGGGAUCGUUGAGGAUGAUGAGGAGUGCGACUGUGGCAGUGCGCUCGACUGCGACAAGACGGAUCCGUGCUGUGACGGUAUCACGUGCAAGCUAAAAAAGGAGUCCCAGUGUGCGACUGGGCCCUGCUGUGAUAAAUGUAUUCUAAAGCCCCCGGGCGUCAUCUGCCGCGAUGCGCACAACGAGUGCGAUCUACCCGAAUACUGUAACGGCGAGUCCGGCCAGUGCCCGCCCGAUGUACAUAAGAAGAAUGGUAACCCGUGCGGUAUGAACUCGACCGGCUUUUCGACAGGUUACUGCUUCAACGGUGUAUGCCCAACCCAGGCUGCCCAGUGCGAACGAAUCUGGGGCUACAGCGGUACCGGUGCCGAUCGCGUAUGCUACGAACAGUUCAACUCGAAGGGCUCCAUCAACGGCCAUUGCGGCAAAGACAGCAAUGGCAACUACAUCAAAUGCGAGCCUGAGAAUAUCCAGUGCGGUUCACUGCAGUGUAAAGAUGGUGACCGCACGCCAGUGGAGGACUGCAGUGAGCAUCUGUACUCGCGGGCAAUCAUCUCCAUACGUGGCACGGAGUACGAAUGCAAGUCAAUCACUGGGACGUCCACCAACUCCAACACGCCACCGUUCGGGCUGGUGCGCGACGGUACACCGUGCGGCGAUAAUCUGAUCUGUGUCAAUCAGACUUGUGUCAGCAUCUUUCCAUACAUCGAUCAAACCAAGUGUCCGACAAACCACAACAAUCUCGAAUGCUCCGGCAACGGGGACUGUACCAACAACAAUAAGUGCUUCUGCAAGUUUGGCUGGACAGGUCCGGAUUGCU